UAGAAGUUGAUCAGCCUUUCUUCAUGCCUAUGUCUUUUUAUCAUUACAGGCUUCUCAAGAGUUUUUUUAAAGUACCUCAUACAAAAUUACUUGUUUGUCGGAGAGGAGGAUCAAGCCGCUUUGGACUGGUGGAUAAGAAAUUGAAGUGUCAGAUAUGCAAGAAGGAAUGUGAGCAUUCAAGACUCUGUAGAGAGGUGAAAAACAGAGGCUUUCAAAGUCAAUACUUUGAGCUGAUUGAAAAUCUAUUUUCACCUGAACCAGAUCAAUGUAAAAGAGAAAUCAGCAACCAAAGAGCAAGCAUUUCUUUAAAAAAAAAUUCCAUACAGGCAAUCAGAAAUACUUGCUGAAAGCUUGAAAGGUCUUGAAUCAACUUUACAGGAGAAUUUACUUCCAGAUAUGAACCAUUGUCCCAACUGUAAUGGAAAUUUGGAGGAAGGGGGUCCAGUUUUGAUGGACUGGAUUGCAUAUGAAAAUGUUGUCAUAGUAACAAACACUUCAUUAAAACAUGCUAAAGUGUUCUACAGACCCUGCCAAGAUUGUGGUGCUGCAGCAGUAUUUGAAGGACAAUCAAAAUGUCUGCUCAAUCUUGGCACAUAUCUUGUUGGUUAUGAUGUUUUGAGGUCCUACAUGCAUAGCUUUCUUCAUGGGAGGAGACCCAUGUAUACAUUUUACCAUACUUUUUGUGAUGUACACCUUGAUUAUGGCAAUAGAAACAUUCAAGAGGAAUUCUCAUAUCAGAAAUUUCGCAAAGCUUGGCACACCUUCCUCAGUCUGCUGGAUAUUGAUUACACAGAUGGUUUUUCAUGUCCAGACUGUGGUAAUGAUGGUCCGGGAACAGUUAUAUGUGAUGGAACAUCCCUCUCAUUUCAACGUAGGAUGUGGAGCUGGGAGACAAACAUGAAGAAACUAUUAAAGAUUUAUCAUCUGUUAGCUACUAUGAGCAAACAUUUUUUGAAGAUGCUACCACAAGACAUCUCCUGAAGGGUUUCACAGCAGAUUCAGCUCGUGGCGUAUCACCUCUGAGUGAAUCCGAUAAAAAUAAGCUUCUGUCGUCAGUGAAGAAAGUUUCUGAGCCACUGUUUGAUAUUAUCAACGAGAUUGAUGGUAACCCAACACUGCUACCAUUGUAUCGUAUAGUUUUGUACAGCAUUGCCUUUCCAUCUCCAGUAAUGUAUGUUCUUUUGUUCGCCCAUGUAACCCAGUAGAAUCCCUGGUAAAAGCUAUUGUUUCAGGGAUUAACAUCAGGGAAGAACCUUUGAUGUGGAAAACUGUUCAUAAUUUUUUACCCGUAUUAUUUGAGGUUUUCGAAAAUCAAAAUGUUACUCCAAAUAUGCAGCUACUGGUUAACCAACUGUGGAAUAUUGCAGUGUCACCAUUUAUAUAUGCAAAAGAGGAUCAUCAAAAAUCAACCUUGACCUAC